UCAGCCGACGUCACCCGGACUCCGCAUCUGCUGCAGUCGCUGCGGGGAGGAGGCGGCGGCGCGAGCGCGGCAGAGAUGGCGUCGGCUACUGACUCCCGCUAUGGGCAGAAGGAAUCCUCGGACCAGAACUUCGAUUACAUGUUCAAGAUCCUGAUCAUCGGCAACAGCAGCGUGGGCAAAACCUCCUUCCUGUUCCGCUAUGCCGACGACUCCUUCACGCCCGCCUUCGUCAGCACCGUCGGCAUCGACUUCAAGGUCAAGACCAUCUACAGGAACGACAAACGCAUCAAGCUGCAGAUCUGGGACACGGCGGGGCAGGAGCGGUACCGCACCAUCACCACCGCCUACUACCGCGGGGCCAUGGGCUUCAUCCUCAUGUACGACAUCACCAACGAGGAGUCCUUCAAUGCUGUGCAGGACUGGUCCACCCAGAUCAAGACCUACUCGUGGGACAACGCCCAGGUGCUGCUGGUGGGGAACAAGUGUGACAUGGAGGACGAGCGUGUGGUCUCCUCGGAGAAGGGGCGCCAGCUCGCCGAGCACCUGGGGUUUGAGUUUUUCGAGGCCAGCGCCAAGGACAACAUCAACGUGAAGCAGACCUUCGAGAGGCUGGUGGACAUCAUCUGCGAGAAGAUGUCGGAGUCGCUGGACACGGCCGACCCCGCGGUCACCGGCGCCAAGCAGGGCCCCCAGCUCACGGACCAGCAGGCCCCCCCCCACCAGGACUGUGCCUGCUAGGGGCCAGCCCCCCCAAAAUCCCCCCAAAAACCGGUCAGUGCACCCCAACCCCCCCCCCGAGCUCCUCCUCUUGGGGGUCCCGCGGGGGCUUUUGCUGCUGAUACCUCCGAAAGGGCUGCGGCCCCUCUAGGAGCCCCCACCCCAAUUCAUUAGGCUAUGCCCCCCACCCCUUAAUUUAUUUUUAAGCCUGGGCUGGUAGAAAACUUCCCCCCUCAUUCUGCUUUUAAUCACUGUCAAGAAACCGUCACCCCCAGCCCCAUUUCCCCUGGUGGAACCCACCCCUGUCCUGGCACCCCUUGCCCUGGGGACCCCCCUGUCCUGGGACCCUCUCCCCUUUUUCCUGCUCUGGGACCCCCCUGUCCUGGGACCCCCUGUCCUGGAGACCCCUCCCUGCCCUUUGCCUUGCCCUGGGACCCCCUGCUCUGGGGAUUCCCCUGCCCUGAGACCCCUUCUGCUCUGGAACCCCCUGUCCUGGUAGCCCCUGCUCAUUUUCCUGUCCUGGGACCCCCUGCCCUGGCACCUUCUGUCCUGGAGACCACCCUGCCCUUUUCCCUGCCCUGGAACCCCCUGUCCUGGGGAUCCCCCUGCCCUGGGACCCCCCUUCCCAGCGUGUGGGUGCUGUGACAGGACCCCCAAAUCGCCCUCCCCAAAUCCAUCCCACCCCUUUUACCCCGAGAGCUCCUGGUGCAGGGGGCUCUUUGUGCCCGGCUCCCCUGCCCCUCCAGCUGGAUGGAUAUUUCCUGACUCUUGUUUAUUUGUAUAAAUAGAUGCUAAUUUAUGCUCCCGC